UCGCCAUCAUGCCACCUGCAUUGCCAGACACGGGCAUCAUAGACUUGUUUACUUCUCCUGAACAAUCACCAGACCCUCCACCGGCACGGAAAGCUCUGUUUCCAGUGAUCGACAGGUCACCGUCGCGGAAAGUGCCCUGGAUUCCCAGGACGUACGGCGAUGAGCCUCUGCCGGUCCGACUUUCAACGCAAGCGCCCCGCAAUGCAAAGGACGCUCGCAUCGUCGGUCGCGUCGAGGAUGGACGCAAGGUCACUUAUACUGUAAUGCUGGGCACUACUGAAGUUUCGGAAGUCGAUCUGGACGAGAUUCUCACUUAUGUUUCGCCUUAUGACCUGGAAGAGUACGAACAUGAGCAAUUCAAGGUAGAUGGCGAGAAAAGGAGAAUCGACGAAGAAGCGAAACAAGCCGAGCGGGAAAGAAAAUUGGAACGUCUGAAGGAGAGAGCACGGCGGAAGGGUGUCGUCUUGCAAGUGGACUCUGGCGCGGAUUCUGGUGCUGAUGAUGAAGGUGAGGUAGCGGCUGGACGUCAUGGUCGCGCUCGACCAACUUACAAGCACCUCUUCAAAGUGCCCGAACAGGGCAAGCGACGUCGUCGUCGGAGGGAUCCCGCCACUGGAGAGCUCAUGCCACUGAGUGAUGAAGAGGGCGGAAUGGACGUCGCUGCUAGCUCUUCUGAGGAGGAGCCAUCUCGUGACAGAUCAAGAUCUGCAGCUGAUUUACUUCCGGGGGUGGAACCCCACAGGCGGAGGAGACGGAAGAGAGAUCCUGUAACGGGAGAACUAUUGCCGCUUUCGCCUGAGGUGAAAUCGUCUUCCGUCGCAAAAGAGAGUCCCCUGGCGCGAUCGGAACCUGCAAUACGAUCUGCAGUUGGAUCUGCCUCUAGCAACGGAGACUUUUUGCAAUUUCCGCCUAAGCGCCCACGAAGGAGACGGCACCCGCAGACAGGCGAGCUGAUGCCUUUGGGCUGGCGCUAUGAAGAUGAGGCAGAAAGGAAAGCUUGGGCUCCAAAGCCAGCUGGUAUCGAGAGCGGACCAUCGAGCUCUAUGGAACGAUUGAGCAUUGGCAACGAGCGUGGAUCAAAGCGCAUCAAGCUGACUUCUGAGCCGUCCUCUGGUGAUGACCGACGAGCAAGACCAUUGCCUUUCACGAGCCCAACGCAGGAGGAGACCACAUUGACUCCAAAAAUGCAGGCAACAGUCCAGGUAAUGGAUCUGGGUUCAGAAGACGAAGACGAUCUCGCGCAAGAUGGACGAACAUCAGCUCAGCUGACGCCGAAGCUUUCUUCGCGACCGAAGCCUUCCUCAGAGAGCAAGAUUCCUCUGCGGAGGUCAAAUACGUCAUCGUCCGAAGAACAAAUUACUCUUGCGUCCUUUCUUUCUGGCCCUAGCAAGAAGCAAGAAUCAACCUCAGAUUCUGACUCUUCACUCUCUCGCCGUCCAGGGAAGAAUGGCGCAAACUCUCAGAAGCCGACUCCCUUGAAGAACAGCAUGAUGAACUCACAGGCUUCACAAGGCAACGCUGGUGGCGACGAGAGCGAAAGCGAGGUAUCUGGCGACAACAGUGACGACGGUGAAUGGACCGUGGAAGCAAUCGUAGCACACCAUAUGAGCGAUCCCAAGACUCAUCCUGGAAAGCCAGCGACAAUGCUGUACUUGACGAAGUGGGAAGGUUUUCCAGAGGAGACAUGGGAGCCUGCUGAAUCGUUUGAUGAGUCUAUCAUUAAGGACUAUCGUCGUCGCGUUGGGCUGGACAAACCGAUCGGAAGCUCAAAUGUACCGAAGGCUAAAAGCCCUGCAAAUAACAGUCCACUGCAGGCAGUCUCUGCGCGAGCGGCGAAGUCCAAGAGUCCUGCGAAGUUUGCUCAGCAAUCUGAGCAGAAGCCGAGUCCGACCAAGAACAUGGUUGAGAUCAUAUCGAGCGACGAAGAGAGUUGGUACGAAGUUGAAGCCAUACUGGGACACCAUAUGUCUGAUCCUCGGACUCAUCCGGGAAAGCCGGCGACGAUGCUGUACAAAGUGAAAUGGGUCGGCUUCAAGCAGACCACUUGGGAGCCUUCUCCGAGUUUGUCUUCCACGACGCUGCUGAAGCAGUACCAGAAGCGGGUGGGAUUAACGAAAUGA